AUGGCUCUGCAGCCGGGCAACGGGAGCGCACUGGAGGCGAGCUGCCUGGAGGUGAUGGGCAACCUCAGCCUGGAAGUGAGCGACUAUAAUAUGAGCUGCAAGAAUGGAUCCGUCCCCCCAAGACCGGGCAGAGGAGUCAAAGAGAUGGACUCGUUCCGCAUCCUCCUCUACUCCCUCAUCUUCCUGCUCAGCGUCUUCGGCAACCUGCUGAUCAUCGUGGUCCUGAUGCUGAACAAGCGCAUGCGGACCGUCACCAACUCCUUCUUGCUGUCGCUGGCGGUCAGCGACCUCAUGAUGGCCGUUUUCUGCAUGCCCUUCACCCUCAUCCCCAACAUCCUGGAGGACUUCAUCUUCGGGGGCGCCAUGUGCAAGACCGUCUCCUACUUUAUGGGGAUCUCCGUCAGCAUCUCCACCUUCAGCCUCGUGGCCAUUGCUAUCGAGAGGUACAGCGCCAUCUGCAACCCGCUGAAGUCCCGCGCGUGGCAGACCCGAUCCCACGCCUACCGCGUCAUCGCCGCCACCUGGGUGGUGUCACUGCUAAUCAUGGUGCCAUACCCGGUGUUCAGCGCCCUCAAGUCUUUCCCCAAGUCCAACGGGACUGUAGGCCACAUGUGUCGCCAGGACUGGCCCAGCGGGGAGGCGGAGCAGACCUGGUAUGUGCUGCUGCUGUUCACUCUGUUCUUCGUCCCGGGAGUGGUGAUGAUUGUAGCCUACGGUCUGAUCUCCAGAGAGCUCUUCCGAGGCAUUCAGUUUGAGCUGGGCCCGAGCAGAGAGACCGCCAACACCGGCCAGAAGAACGGUGUGGGAAGGGCUGUCCCAGGGUCCAACGAUGACGACGACGGUUGCUACAUCCAGGUGUCUAAAAAGCCCACCUCCGCUGUGGAGCUCCCGACCCUCUCCGCCUCGUCCGCCGCCGCCCAGGCCAAAACCGAACGCGCCCGCAGCAACACCUCGGAGGCCAAGCUGCAGGCCAAGAAGCGAGUCAUCCGCAUGCUGAUGGUGAUCGUGGCGCUCUUCUUCAUCUGCUGGAUGCCCCUGUACUCGGCCAACACCUGGAAGGCCUUUGACCUGAGGUCGGCCUCCAAAGCCCUCUCGGGAGCGCCCAUCUCCUUCAUCCACCUGCUGUCCUACAGCUCGGCGUGCGUCAACCCCAUCAUUUACUGCUUCAUGAACAUGCGCUUCCGCAAGGCCCUGCUGUCCACCUUCGCCUGCUGCUGCCGCAACCGGCUCUGUCGCUGGUGUUGCAGGAGGAAGGGGGGAGGGGAAGACGGCCUCGCCGCCACCUCCAUGGCCACGUCGAUGGCCACCUCCAUGUCCAAGUUCAGCUACACCACCGUCAGCACCACCGGCACCUGCUGAGCCUCGAGGAGAGCCGGGUGGUCGGUGGCUGUCGGAGCAGCGGUUACUUUGUGCACCAUCUGUUUUCUUCAAUCUUCAUCUUAAUAUGCUAUGAGUCAUGCGCUGAGUAAUAUCCCCUUGCCCUCGUUUAUGAGGUCUUUUUAAAAGGUCUCCUUUAAAUUCUGUUUGCAUGGUUGCAGAAUGGGAGGCGGGCAAAACGCCGUUUUCAGUUUGGUGACAUUUUUUUUUCUUCUGUUUAAUUGGCAGCAUCCGCUUUGUUGCAUCCUGAAGAGAACAUCAAGUGCCUGUGCUCGUUGUGUGGCUUCAUUUGUCACGGUAGUUUGUUCACUCGCCAGAGGACAUAUCAGUGAAAAACUACGACUUCUGCGUACUUGUAAAUACUGUCUUUAUGUUCUUACUGUGCCAAAGGUAAAUGUACUGUGGAACAAUGAGGACUCAUUACCUCAGUAAUGAUUCAGUAUGGAUUUCAGCUGCUCUUGUGUUAAAUGUGGUUUCAUCUUCAUUCAUUCAGGGUUUCUCUCUCAGUUAUCAGAAUUAUUCUACUGAAGGCUAAACUAUGGAUAUCAUUGGGUCCCUAAUUUUUAAAUAUUUCAACGGCAAGAAGUUGUUCUAUUUAGUCCAGCUUUUUCUGGACGAGCUCCUUGCUUUGCUCUGACAUAGUGUUUCGCUCUUAUUGAGUUAUGUUUCAUCAUUAUUAUUUCUGCAAAUAUACAAACACCAAAAUUCAUAUAUUCAGGUGAUUCUUCUUAGUAAUAACUUUUUGGACCAAUUUGCGGCACUGCUCUUAUUCCGGCCGAUAAGGUGCAUCUUUAUCUUGAUGAUAAACAUCUGAGGAGUGUAAUUUAGCCGUACUUCUUGGCAUGCGUAAAAUGAGAAAGCCUGGUGUUUAGAA